GAUGCGGGACCGAGGAGGCAACACACACACACACACACACACACAGACACAAACGGAGUCAUGGAUAAAGCUCGCGGACGCCAAGAAGCCACUUUGGAUUUAAUGUGAUGUCGCGGGAUCGAAGUUGAAGGAUAAUAAAGGGCGACCGUUCAAUCAUCCGCACCCCGGCAGGAGAAAAGCGAAAGACACACAGAGAGAGUGUGUGUGCGCGCGUGUGUGUGUUAGACAGAGAGAGGAGGACAGGACCUGCUGCGAUGUCCACUCCGAUUCCGGAGCUCUGUGGAGGAGAGACGAUGCUGGAAUGAAGUCGAGCACUAUGGGGUUUUCCGGCGUGGCCCUUCUGAUGCUCCCGGCUCUCCUCACCCUGGUGGGCGUGGUGCACGCCGCCGAGAAGGUUCCCAUUCUGAACAUUGCCGUGAUCCUGGGCCGAACGCGCUACAUCUCGGACCGGGACAUACGGGCCCUGUGGAGCAAGGACGACCCGAUCGACGUCAACGUGGUCACGCUGCUGGUCAACGAAACGGAUCCAAAGAGCAUCAUCACUCAUGUGUGUGACCUCAUGUCUGGGACUAAGAUCCACGGCGUGGUGUUUGGCGACGGCACCGACCAGGAAGCCAUCGCCCAGAUUUUGGAUUUUAUUUCCUCUCAGACGUUGAUACCCAUCCUGGGGAUUCACGGCGGCUCGUCCAUGAUCAUGGCGGAUAAGGACGUGAAGUCGACGUUCUUCCAGUUUGGAGCAUCCAUCCAACAGGAGGCGCUGCUGAUGCUGAACAUCAUGGAGGAAUACGACUGGCACGUGUUCUCCAUCGUGACCAGCAAGUUUCCAGGAUACCAGGACUUCAUCGCCAUCCUCAAGACCACGGUGGACAACAGCUUCGUGGGCUGGGACCUGCAGCACACCAUCACGCUGGACGCGGUGGACGGCGUGGACGGAGGACGGGCUCAGCUCCAGCUUAAGAAGGUGCAGUCACCUGUCAUCCUGCUCUACUGCUCCAAAGAUGAAGCCACGUACAUCAUGGAGGAGGCACGCUCGCUUGGGCUCACUGGUUUCGGAUACAUCUGGAUCGUACCCAGUUUGACCACGGGCAACCCGGACAUAACGCCAGAUGAGUUCCCGUCAGGCAUGAUCUCUGUCUCCUACGACGACUGGGACUAUCCUCUGGAAGCACGGGUUCGAGAUGGACUCGGGAUCAUCACCACGGCAGCGGCGGCCAUGUUGAAGGAGUUUGGAGACAUUCCUGAAGCUAAGACCAGCUGCUACGGGCAGAUGGAGAAGGCAAAGCUGCCGCCAAGUGCACUUCACAAGUACAUGAUGAACGUGACGUGGGACGGUCGGGAUUUAUCCUUCACCGAGGAUGGCUAUCAGGAGAAUCCCAAACUGGUCGUCAUCGUCCUGAACAAGGAUCGGGAAUGGGAGAAGAUGGGUAAGUGGGAGAACCGCAGCCUGACACUGAAGUACCCGGUGUGGCCGCGCUUCAACUCGUUCGGCGACAGCGAGACGGACGAUAAUCACCUGAGCAUCGUGACGUUAGAGGAGAAGCCCUUCGUCAUCGUGGAGAACGUGGAGCGUCUGACGGGAACCUGCAUGAGGAACUCGGUUCCCUGCCGCAAGCACAUCAAAGACAACUCCACAGAAGGAGGAGGAACCUACAUCAAAAAGUGCUGCAAGGGUUUCUGCAUCGACAUCCUGAAGAAGAUCGCCCGGAACGUCAAGUUCACCUACGACCUCUACCUCGUGACCAACGGCAAACAUGGCAAGAAGAUCAACAAUGUGUGGAACGGCAUGGUGGGGGAGGUGGUGUAUAAGAAAGCCGUCAUGGCCGUGGGCUCGCUGACGAUCAAUGAGGAGCGCUCGGAGGUCAUCGAUUUCUCCGUUCCCUUUGUGGAGACCGGGAUUAGCGUGAUGGUCUCCCGCAGCAACGGCACCGUCUCUCCCUCCGCCUUCCUGGAACCCUUCAGCGCGUCCGUGUGGGUGAUGAUGUUCGUCAUGCUGCUGCUGGUCACUGCCAUGGCCGUCUUCAUGUUCGAGUACAUCAGUCCUCUGGGCUUUAACAGGAACCUGGCACAGGGCAAAGACCCACAUGGACCCUCCUUCACCAUGGGCAAGGCGGUGUGGCUGCUCUGGGGUCUGGUCUUCAACAACUCCGUCCCCGUGCAGAACCCUAAAGGCACCACCAGCAAGUUCAUCGUGUCCGUCUGGGCCUUCUUCGCCGUCAUCUUCCUCGCCAGCUACACUGCCAACCUAGCCGCCUUCAUGAUCCAAGAGGAGUUCGUGGACCAGGUGACGGGGCUGAGCGACAAGAAGUUCCAGAGCCCGUACUCCUACUCCCCGCCCUUCCGAUUUGGGACGGUCCCUAACGGCAGCACUGAGAGAAACAUCCGGAAAAACUAUCCGGACAUGCACCAGUACAUGGUGAAGUAUCAUCAGACGGGAGUGACAGACGCUCUGGUCAGCCUGAAGACCGGCAAACUGGAUGCGUUUAUAUAUGACGCUGCCGUGCUGAACUACAUGGCCGGUCGGGACGAAGGCUGCAAGCUUGUGACCAUUGGAAGCGGCUACAUCUUCGCUACAACAGGUUACGGCAUUGCGCUACAGAAGGGCUCGCCAUGGAAACGCCAAGUGGACCUGGCCAUCUUGGCCAUCAUCGGUGACGGUGAAAUGGAAGAACUGGAGGCCCAGUGGCUGACCGGAAUCUGCCACAAUGAGAAGAACGAGGUCAUGAGCAGUCAGCUGGAUGUCGACAACAUGGCCGGGGUAUUUUACAUGCUGGCUACAGCUAUGGGGCUCAGCCUGAUCACCUUCGUGUGGGAGCAUCUGUUCUACUGGAGGCUUCGCUACUGCUUCACAGGAGUGUGUUCCGGAAAGCCAGGCCUGCUCUUCACCAUCAGCAGGGGUAUUUGGAGUUGCAUUCACGGUGUCCAUAUUGAUAUGAAGAAAAAGUCCCCUGAUUUGGAUUUCAGCCCCCAGGCCAACAUGCUCAAGCUUAUCAAGUCAGCCAAGCAGAUGACAAACAUGACCACCCUGAGUGGCUCCAGGGUAAACUCCCCCAAACGCAGCAGCGAGUUCACACACUCAGCCGGGCCCAUGAUCAUGGAUCUGAUGUCGGAGAAAGGAAACUUUGUCUACACAGACAACCGAAGCUACGCCCAAAAGGACGUCUAUGCAGACUCCAGUGAAAUCCAGAGCUAUCUGGCUAACCGACACAAAGACCACCUGAACAACUACAUCUUCCAGGGCCAACACCCACUCACACUGAACGAGUCCAACCCCAACACCGUCGAGGUGGCUAUGAGUGCAGAUGCAGCUCAGACCGCUGCCAAACCCAGGGCUCUUUGGAAAAAGUCUGUGGAUACAUUACGACAAAGCCAGACACCUGACAUGCUGGUUCCAGACCCCCGUCUGUCCAUGAAGAGUCAGCGCUACCUGCCAGAGGAGGCAGCCCACUCCGACAUCUCUGACUGCUCGAGCAGAGCCGCCUCUUACAAGGAUCCUGAGAACAACAAGCACCUGAAGGCCAAGGACAGCUUAAAAAAAAGAUCGAUGACGUCAAAAUACCCUAGGGAUUGCAGCGAAGUGGAGCUGUCCUACUUAAAAAAUAAGCAGGGCGGAACAGGACGAGAAAAAAUCUACACCAUAGACUCUGACCGGGAGCUGAGUCUGCACUCGGAACCUGUGCAUUUUCGAGAGAAUAGAGGCCUUGCGGCUGAUGAUCUGGAUUUCCCCGAAAUGUACUCCGACCACAAUGACAACUACAGGAAAUGCGACCAGCCCAUCAUCCAUUUGAACAGCAGCCCCCUCCAUCACACCGACGUGGACCUCCUGCCAGACAACGUCUUCAACAAGCAUUACAGCUUAAAGGACAAGAACCUGAGUCCGCACGAAAGCAACGAUCGUUACAAGCAAACCCACUGCCGGAGUUGCCUGUCAAAGGUACCCAACUUUGGGUCAGGACCCUAUGGCCCCAUGCGCUCACCUUACAACCGCUGCGAGGCCUGUGUCCACAUGUGCAACCUGUAUGACAUCAGCGAAGAUCAGAUGCUGCAGGAGGCCAUGAUCAGUCCCAGCAUGCAGCAAGACGACUUGUUCAGCCAUUACUGGCCCCAGAUGGAUGGGCCUCAUGUGCAGAAAAGGAACAAGCUACGACUCAGUCGUCAGCACUCCGUCGACAACAUCAUGCUGGAGAAACCCAAAGAGGUUGACCUCAACAGGCCGGCACGCAGCGUCAGCCUCAAAGAGAAGGACCGCUUCCUGGAGGACGGCUCAUUUGCAAACCUGUUCAGCAAGUCCGACAAACUGUUUGGCAGCAGGUCCAUGCUCUUCAACCACAACUUGGAGGAGAGCAAGCGCAGCAAAUCGCUUUACCCCGAUCAUACAACGGACAACCCAUUCAUGCAGGCAAUACGGGAUGACGCACGCCUGGUCCAUGGCAGGAGCUCGUCUGACAUUUACAAACAAUUUGCUCCUAUCAAAACCAGGAACGAAAACAAUCUGAGGUCCUCUGUGAAGUCCACCGCUUCAUACUGUUCCAGGGAUGGUCGAAUACCCAAUGACUUGUACAUUUCAGAGCAUGCGAUGCCUUAUGUAGCCAACAAGACGAGUGCAUACUCAGCUCCUCGGGUCCUCAGUUCUUCUCAGUUCAGCAAUAGACGAGUGUAUAAGAAAAUACCUAGCCUUGAGUCAGACGUUUAAUACUCUGUCGUUGUAUAAUUAAAAAUAACUAUUCACUUAGGGCGCCAUAGUCGGCCACAUGUUAAAAGGAAAAACUGCUAAGUACUCAAGUACUAUAUUUUGCAGCUAUCACUUUUUCAUAUAUCAGUAGUCAUCCUCCCGAAUAGCGCUUGCCAAAGGUUUUCAGCAUUUGUUAUUUACCCUUGUAGGAAAGCAAAUAUUUUCUGGGCAAGCUUCGAAAGCCCGGUUAGUCAGGUUUUAUGCUGAGGAAACUGAGUCCAGGGCUGGCUGACCCUACAGUUACCUCAGAGGCAUGUGUAUUAUUGAAAAGGCAAUUACUGAGACAGAUGGACCACUUUGAAGUGGGCCAGAUUGUAGCCUAGCCACGGCGCUUUAGGAGUUGUUUACUGAAUAAACCUUAGGCAAGCAAGGAGUGUUUCAACAACAGGAAGCAUAACAUUGCGUUGCUUUUAUUAUCUAUUACUAUAGAGUUGGGAUUUUUGGCAUUCUAAUCCCUAUUUAGACCUUUAGAAUUUUAGCUUAUGUGGUAGCACAAUAAUCAUUAGUUACCCUCACGUCCCUGCUUUUUAAACUUCUCAAUUACUGGCAGGAAGAUUCUUUUGCACGUAUUUACUUAUUUAUUUAUGUAUUUAUUUAUUUUAUUAGAAAUACAACUCAUUUACAUUUACAUGAAAACAAUGUUAACGACAGAUUAAAGCUGGAUGUGCCAGUGCAAUGAAAGUUUGACCUGUACCUAGUAAGUCAGUUUGACCGAUUAGCGUCUGGGAAUGUUUUGUUGAUCCCCCAUCCGAAACAGGGUACUGACAAUUUCUUUGGUUGUCUGUUGACUUUACGUUUGUUUUUUUGUAAUCCAUUACGUUGGGUACUUGAGUGCACUGUGAAAUCAGAGCAUCACUGAAUGACUGUUGUUUACUUUUCGCCGGGUGGCUGCAAUGCCUGUGGUUGCUGCGUUCUUGCCAUAAGGUCAGUUCAAAACAGCUCUGAAUCAUUAAGUUCAAAUAGGAUGACAUAUGUUGCGUCUCACCAAGUUACCUGUUUAUCAGUUAUUAAAUCAAAUCAUCCCAUAUCGUGACAAUGUUCUGUCAGGGUUUUGCUUGGAAGCCUCUCUGGGUGGAAAACCCUGCAUUGUAGUGUCCAGCAUGCUUGAUGAUUCCUGAAGAGAGACCAACAAAAGCACGAAAGCAGCAUUUAGCACUCUAAAUUGAAAGUUUGGUGUACUUUCACUCUCCCUUAAAAAUGGUCAAUGGCCAAAGCCUUCUAAAAUCCUGCUGUGGAGACAGGAUACAGAGCUGCAGUCUGAGCAAGAGUACUAAGCUUACUAAAGAAUUAAUUCCACACUAAUGUAAUUUCACCCUCUCAACAGAUUUCAGAGUUGUACUGCUGGGAAAAGGGUUCCCCCAAAGGUUUCUUAGCUUUCUAAACAGGAUCUACUUUGGUAAGGAAACCUCUUGUACUAUUUUAGGAUUUUACUUUAUAUUGAAGGAUUCCUCUCAGAAGGACAAGCUGAUGUACCUUUCUGCAUUUAGGCAUUAUGAUGGAAUAGCAAAGAACCUUGUAAAAAUGUGUUCUGUGGACAUGAUACUGAGCUGCAGUCUAGAGAAUAAAAUGUUCCUCCAGGGUUCUUUGUAUAGGUAAUGGUUCUUAGCUUUUCAAAUGGGUUUUGCUUAGAAGUUUCUCAGAAAGGGAAACCCUCUAUCCAACAAUGAACUGUUCCUUGGAAAGUCUAACUGAAGCACCACUGGUCAGUGCAUCAUGACCAGUGACCCUUUUACAGAGGACUACCAAGCAAAAUCCUCUUAACAUCUUGUUCCCAUAGAGCUACAGACCUCCAUGUUUAAGUAAGGCUUCUCAGCUUUUUAACAGGGUUCAACCCUCUCUGAAAAGAAAACCCUUGAUUCUUGUGGUUCUAUUUAGAACCUUUAAGGAUUUCCCCUCGAUUUCUGUAUUCUGAUUGAAUAACUAAUAAACUAGCAACUUGGUGUCCUUUUAGCCUCUAAAACAUGGCCACCACAAUGGCCAAAACCUCUGCAGGGUUUCUGCAGACCUGAUACCAAGCUGCACUCUUAUGAAAAAAAAAGCGUUCCUCAAGGGUUCUUCAGAUAAGGUAGGGGUUCUUGGCUCACAUGGAGUCACAAGAUAAAACAAUUUAUAGUAGGAAUCUAACAAAGCCUGAAGAAAACUGAUGAAAAUACUAGAAAGAACUCGAAAGAACCCUUCAGGAUUCUACAGUCAGACUUUUUUUUUCUAAGAGUGUUCAUGGUGAAUUCCAUCCUGAAUUAGACGUUAUAUCCAAAUCCGAUAGCUCAGGAUCAUCCUGUGUUGUGGACGGUCAUCGAUUCUAGUUCAAUCCAGGACAGUUUGCUGAUUUCUCACAUACAAAAGCCUCAUUAAUGCUUCCUCCUCACUAGGAUUCUGACGAGCAGAAUGGCCCAUGGCUUUCCGACGUUCAUUUCAGGCAACUCUCUGAAGCUCUUAAGGAAUAAUACAUAACGAGGCAUGCGGCUAGAAAAUAAUCAAUGACGGACUAGUGUGAUGCCAAGCAAGUUACUGUUGGAACCCCAGAAGUGUUAUUUUUAGAUACCAACACAUCCUAAAGUGAUUUAUUUCUCUAACACCAUAGCAAUUUGCAGUUCAUAGUAACGUUGUGGAACCUCUGCAAAAGACGUUCUCACUUGCAGCUGUAAAAAGAUGUUCCCUUACGUUCCAUAAACUUUCUUUCAAGGCGUAAAAGUAACACUUGUAGGUUUUUUGUUACCAAGAAACCCUGAAGUGCAAACCUAAAGUAACUUCAAGUUACUGCUUUAGCUCUAGCGCUACCUCGACUCCUUCCAUAAAUAUUAAGUAAACAUCUCCCUAGCCAUGGUACAAAAUCAGAAUGGAGAAUUCACCAUCACUGUCGUAUAAGGAAGCAUAAAUGAGAUUAAUCAGGAAAUCAACCAACUGGAUGGAAAAUUGAUGACCGCUGUUGUUUGGCCUUCAAAAGCUCAAAAGCACACAUAUGUGUUGUGUUUAGCGAGUCUUUCCUAUCCUUUAUUCCUUCGUCUCCAUCUUGAUGGUUUACUCGUCUUUCAAGGUCUUUCAGCUCAGUCACUUUAAUGGAAAAAAUCCAACAGUUAGACUCGAGCGAGCUGAGAGGCGUUCCUGCUCAUCCAGCCAUGUUCGAAUCGAGAAUGCUGCUCACGACUCCAGGUCUUAUAUUCAUAAAAAAUAUAAAUAUAUAAAUAAAUAACUAUAAUAAUAAUAAUGCAAGCUUUUUGUUCGGUUUGAACGUAUUCAGAGGACAUUGUGCUAUUAUGAGACUAGCAUUAAGGACGUUAAUUGCUGCACUGGGCCAGUUUUCAUAUCAUUGUCUGUCUCCCAAAGGAAUUCUUGCUCUUUCCUGUGACCCCAGCGUUCGGAGAUCCUCGGAGAACCUUUAGUAUGUAUCAUGAACAUGUUUAUCUGAUUAAGUGCUGCUUGACGAAGCUAAUGUGUAAGUAAUAUGCACAUGUAAAAUAUCAAGGUCUUGUAAUCAUGUAUGACAUUCGUAGAUUUUUUCUAAAAGAAGAUUUUGUCUUUUGUUUUGGUUUUUCUUUUUGUUUUUUUAAUGUCACACUCUUAAUAACUCUUAAUAACCCCGCUCCUGGAGUGGAGCAGUAAUGUAUUUUAAUUACCUGAAGAAUAUUAGAGGCAUGCAAACCCAAGUGUAAUGCUUUAUACGCUUUUGUUAUGAUCCUACGAUCCACUUGUUUGUAACAGGGUGAAAAGAUGAACCUGCUGUACGGAAAGCUACGUGAUGACGUUUUCAACACGUCGCCGUUGCUGCUGGAAGAAGGACAGAAGUAAAAAAAAUAAAAAUAAAAAAAGCCAGGUGUUUUGUUGAGGGAUGUGUUACUCUGUGAACCGCAGCUGCGAUUUUUUCCCCUCAUCUUUCUUCUGUAAGGUGAAGAACCUCGCUUUACUCCUCAGCAUCACCAGCGCUUUCACACCACACACACUCCAGCUGUAAAGACACACACAAAUUAAAAAAAAAAAAAAAAAAUCCCUUUCUUCCGAGGCGACUGACCCCACCCCCCUCCACCCCCUCCCCAAACCUCUUAUGACCUCUUCUUCUUUCUUUUUUUUUUCUCCCCUUUCAUUUUAAUUUAUUCUUUGCUGUAACAAUAAGAGCUUUUUUUUAAACUCCCUUAAGGAUUGAAGGAACUAUUUUAAAUAGAAAAAAGAAGAGGGUUUUUCAGUGUAAUCUUUUUCCCCAGACCUCCUGCUGCUGCUGCUGCUAAAUGCUACUGUACUAUCUAUUUAUUUAUUUAUUUAUUUAUUUAUUUAUUUAUUUAUUUAUUUA